AUGUUUGAUGGAUGGAAAGUUUUCUCUCAUCUACAGCAAGUCGCGCAAAUACUGCUAUCGACUGGCACGACGCCGAAGGACGCGAUUCCGACGGAAUUCAGGCAGAUAUACCUCCUGAGACUUGCGACCUUUGUGCGCAGGAGAUCGGUCAGCAUGGGCGAAGAGCUUGCACCUUUUGGCUACGCUGAUCUCUUCACACCCGCUCGGAGUCGGAAGAAGCGCAAGGGACGGGAACAGAGCGCGUCUGCCUCUCCCGCACUGCUGCUCGAACGGACGUCCGAAGAGCUGGCGGGCAGCGGUUGGGUGGACGAGUCGACACGUCCGUUGACGACGCCCGAUCCAGAACUCCUGCGCGAGGCUCUCGCCCUCGUGUCCUUCCCCGGAUCCCCUCAUGUACUGUGCCUCGGGCUGGGAAGCCCCGCGGCGUCGCGUGAUGCACGUGCCCAGCUCGCGUUUCUCCUCGCAGCGUGCGACGGCCUGAGCAUAGACCGCGCGAAGGUGACCGCGUACGACCCCGUCUUCACCGCGGAGGACACCCAGCUGCUCGACACGCUGGCUGACUCCGAACCCGCACAGCGUGCGCGCUACGCGAUCGCGGCACCCACCGUCAUCUUCAUGCCGCAUUGCGACCUGCAGCUGUAUGAGAACCUCUUACGUGAAAACUGGACGCGCGACCGCCUGCCCAACGUCGUCCUUAUCGCCAACCGCCUAACCGAGUACGCCGACAGCACCCCAUCACGCAAAUUCGCGGUCGAGUACCCCUGCGUAUCGCGCCUGGCGCCUUAUCUAACGACCCGAGCUCUCCCGGCGUGCCCCUCGCAUCCGACGGCGUUCAACAACACUGCGAUCCAGCACACGCGCUCCGCAGAGCUCCCCGUUGGCUCGCUUACGGACGACUGGUGGGAACUGUCCCAGCGCCCCGACUGCACGGUGACGGCGACUUGA